CGAAGCAGUCAUCGAAUGGAGACAAGCGUAUAAUUCGAAGGCUACGAAGUAGAAUAAGAUUGUGCGCAAAGUACGACGAUGCGAUUAUCAGCGCGAACAUCGAUAAUAUUUUUCUUAGUUCUUUUGUGUGGUUCGAUAUCCUGUAAUGCACAGUACGAAGGCGAUUCAUGCACUAUCGAUGGUACUCCAGGUAUUUGUAUAGUUCUCUCUCCAGAGAAUUGUCCAUCGGUUUAUCAAGACUUAUUGAAAGGGAAAUCUCCACCUUCUUUAUGCGGAUACAAAAAUUUUGAUCCGAUCGUGUGUUGUCCAAAAAAUACACCUACAACUACUUCUCCUAAUACAAUCACAAGCACAACCAAAAACACAACCCCGACUACAACAGAUCGAGGAUCAGUCGUUACUAAAGGAGCCAAAGCCAAAGCAAUGUGUGAAAAAUACGCCAAAUCCGUGUAUCAGCUCGUACCUUCGCCAACUUUAACAAUUGACAGACCAUUAAUCAACAUAUCCGUAUGCGCGAUUAAAACUCGUAAGCUGAUCGUCGGUGGCUCAAAGGCUGAACCAAAGGAAUUCCCGCAUAUGGCUGCGAUUGGAUUUGAUACCGAAGAUGGUAUCGAUUGGCAAUGCGGAGGCACGCUAAUUUCGGAAAGAUUCGUUCUAACCGCUGCACAUUGUACCUACAGUAUCUACAGAGGUAAAGCACGCUGGGUACGAUUAGGUGACUUAAACCUCGAGAGAACGGAUGAUGAUGCGAGACCGCAAAAUUACCUUAUUAUUGAACGGAUAAAAUAUAAUAAGUACCAGAGCCGAUUUGCAUAUCAUGAUAUCGCGCUACUAAAAUUAGAAAAAGACGUGGAAUUUAACGCGUGGAUAAGACCCAGUUGCUUACCGUACUCUUUACCGGAUAUUGGUACCGAUAGUAAAGCAACUGCAUCCGGAUGGGGAAGAAUUGAUUAUUUUGAGGACCCAUCAAAAGAUUUAUUGAAAGUUACCAUUAAUUUGAUAGCUCAACCGGUAUGCAACAGAUCAUUCGUGUACGAAAGUAAAUUCACACAUGGUAUUGUGGAUGAGUGGCAAAUUUGUGCCGGUGAAGUCGGAAAAGACACCUGUCAGGGUGACAGUGGGGGCCCUCUCGUCAUAUUCAACAAUGAUUACGAUUGCAUGUACAGCGUAAUCGGUAUAACAAGCAUUGGAAAACCUUGUGGUCUCUCUGAUCCCGGUAUAUAUACUCGCGUUUAUCAUUAUAUUUCGUGGAUAGAGGAGGAAGUUUGGCCAGACUCGUGACACAGAAGUACAAUAAAUACAAUAAUACUUUUAUGUUAAA